AUGGUGCCGGCGCCGACGGUGAGGACCCACGGUGGGGCGUUGGAUAUGCUCCUCGGCCGCGGGCCGCCGUUGCCGGCGGAGGAGACGACGAGGACGCCGGCCAUGGUGGCGCGGAAGGUGGCGACGGAGAGGGCGUCGAGGUGGUACGCCGGCACUGGCGAGGACGACCCCAACGACAUGGAGAGAAUGUCGACGCCGUCGGCCACGGCCCUGUCGAUCGCCGCCACGAUGUCAGAAACGAGGCAGCCGGCGGGCCAGCAGACCUUGUAG